AUGCUCAGAUCAAAGCUAUCAUCACUUCGAGAAUACCUCACCCCCAUAAACCAUAACUCUAAUUUCCUCACUACGGGAGAGAUUAGCCCGGAAGAAUUUGUUCAAGCAGGUGAUUACUUGGUAUACAAGUUCCCCACUUGGCAAUGGAGCAGAUGCCCCGAUAAAUUACAAAAACUGUUUUUGCCUCCAGAUAAACAAGUAUUGGUCACUAAACAUGUGCCUAGUCGUGUGAGGGCAUCUAAUUUUGAAGGAGAACUAGAGGAGGAGGAUGAUGAUGAUGGAGUGGUCGUAGGUAGUGGUCAUGACGACGGCGAAAAGGGCAAGCACGAAGAGGACGAAGAAUAUGGUUUAAUCAAGUCAAACAAACCCGCUGGGAAACUGAUUGAAAGUAGUGCUCAAACUAAUGCAAAUGAAGAAAUUGUUGAUAUAGAUGAUUUGAUAGAUAACGAUGCCGAAGAAGCGGAUGAAUUGGACCACGAUUUUGAUGAUUUGGAUAUUGUAUACGAUUCAAACAAUCAGCUCAGAAAAUAUGACUUGUAUAUCACCUACUCGACAUCGUAUCGAGUGCCGAAAAUGUACCUUGUUGGGUUUGAUUCAAAUGGUAUACCACUAUUGCCAAAGCAAAUGUACGAAGAUAUAAGCGCCGACUACAAAGACAAGACGGUGACUAUUGAAAAUCUCCCCGUGGCUUCCAACACUACUUCCGUAUCAAUACAUCCUUGCAAGCAUUCAUCAGUCAUGAAAGUGCUCAUGAGUCAUCAACGAAAAAAGAAGGAAACUCAAGUGGAGAAAGAUUUGCUGAAUUUAUCUAUUGAAAAUAUAGAACCAGAAGCAGAAGGGAUCAGAGUUGAUCAAUAUUUAGUGGUUUUUCUCAAAUUUGUUGCUAGUGUGAUCCCAGGGAUUGAGUAUGACUACACGAUGGAUGCUUUGUAA